CGGAAGUCAGAUAGGCUGCCUUUGCUUCUCAUGAUGGCUGUUCCUGGAUACACCCUUGGUGCCUUCAUGCUUGUGUUGCAUGUUAAAUCUGUGGCUAAUUAUCCCAAUGGAAAGGUAACGAAGUCGUGCCAUGGGAUGAUACCUGAACAUGGUCACACCCCGCAGUCUGACCCUGCUCACAACAUUUCAGUGAGCCAGAUGACAUUCAAGCCAGGAGAUCAGAUCAAAGUUACUUUGUCAGGGCCACCCUUUAAAGGCUUUCUCUUAGAAGCACGUAACGCUGAGGACUUGAGUGGCCCUCCUGUCGGCUCCUUCACACUGAUUGACAGUCAAGUGUCACAGCUUCUGACCUGUGAAGACACACAGGGAUCAGCAGUGAGUCACACAAAUUCUCAUGAAAAAACAGAAAUUAAAGUCUACUGGAAUGCUCCAAGCAGUGCCCCAAAUCACAUAAAGUUUCUAGUCACAGUCGUGGAGAAGUACAGAAUCUACUGGGUGAAGAUUCCUAGUCCUGUAAUUUCACAACCGAAUGUACUUCCUUUUACAACACCCGAAGCUACAGUAGAACCUAUGCCAACAACAUUACCUCCAGUUUCCCAUUUAACCAAAUCAUUCAAUACUUCAGAUUGUGGGAACAAGAAGUUCUGUAUUAGGAGUCCUGAGAACUGCGACCCAGAGAAGGAGCUUGCCUGUGUCUUCUUGUCCUUCACACGUGAUGACCAGUCAGUGAUGGUUGAAAUGAGUGGUCCCAGUAAAGGCUAUCUAUCCUUUGCAUUGUCUCAUGACCAAUGGAUGGGUGAUGAUGAUGCUUAUGUGUGCAUUCGUGAAGACCAGACUGUGCGCAUACAACCUGCCCAUUUGGUGGGGCGAAGUCACCCUGUAAUGGACCCCAGGGAUCCCCUUGAGGAUACGGCCUGGAGGUUGAUGGACGGUGUUAUGCAGUGCUCUUUCAGGAGGAAUGCUACCCUUCCUGGGGUUAAGAAUAGAUUUGAUCUAAAUGCAAGCUACUACAUAUUUCUAGCUGAUGGUGCAGCUGAUGAUGGGCGAAUUCAUAAGCAUUCUCAGCAACCUUUGAUUACGUAUGAAAAAUACAAUGUGACAGGCUAUCCACAGAACGUAGGAGGAUCUCAUUCUUUAUUCCUUUUGAAGGUUCAUGGUGCCUUAAUGUUUGUGGCGUGGAUGACGACCGUUAGCAUAGGUGUCCUGAUUGCCCGGUUCUUUAAACCUGUUUGGUCAAAGGCUUUAUUUGGCAAUGCAGCUUGGUUUCAGGUGCAUCGAAUGCUCAUGCUCACUACUUCUGCCCUCACCUUCAUUGCUUUUCUUCUGCCUUUCAUUUACAGAAGAGGCUGGAAUUGGCACGCAGGCUAUCAUCCAUAUCUUGGUUGUAUCGUGAUGGUGUUAGCAGUUCUUCAGCUUCUCCUGGCAGCCUCCAGACCACCCCUGCAUGACCCAAGAAGGCAAAUGUUUAACUGGACUCACUGGAGUAUGGGAACAGCUGCUAGAAUAAUAGCAGUGGCAGCAAUGUUCCUGGGAAUGGAUUUACCAGGGCUGAAUCUUCCUGGCCCGCAGAAAACCUAUGCAAUGAUUGGAUUUGUAGCCUGGCAUGUUGGGGCAGAGAUUGUUCUGGAGAUACAUGCUUACCGGCUCUCUCGAAAAGAUGAAAUAUUGGAUGAUGAUAGAAUUCAGAUCCUCCAGUCAUUUACUGUAGCUGAGGAAGAAGGUCAUGCUUUUAAAAAGGCAGUGUUAGCAAUUUAUGUCUGUGGGAAUUUGACUUUUCUCAUUGUAUUCUUAUCUGCAAUCAACCAUCUGUGAGCAUGUGAAGACUUUGGCUUUUGCAGACCAGGUGAUAAUUAUCAUCAAGCCAAAAAACUCUAUGCCUGUACCGACUGCCUAGAGCAUGUUCAUGAAUUCUAAUUAGGAAGACCAGGCCAUGUCUACAGAGGAAUUCUGAAGUCUGGUCUUUAAAGGUCAGCAUUCAACAGAGUCUAUGGGCUAUAAACCAAUGUCAAGCCUUCAGGUCUAAUUCUGAGUCUUAAAGGGGAUGUUGUGCUUGAGGAGAAAUAACUCAAAUAUUUUUUAUGCUGAAAUUUUAAGGAUGUUAGCAUUUAAGAAAAGAACUAUUUGGAAAAGCAAAAAAGAUGUCAUUAAGAUAAAAUGGGGGUUGUAUUAAGGUAAAUGUGUUUUGGACUAUAAAGGUGCUAUGGUACUUUAAAGAAAACAUUUAUUUUUACUAGUUUAUUUAAAUGGUCUCUCUUAGGGAUUUUUGAGAAACUAUAUUUUUCAGUCCGGUUUUUCAGACAUGUGCUUUGUUCCAUGAAUUUUGUUAUUUCUGUGGUAAAGGUGGAAGUGGGGCUAACCCCCUUUCAUUAACAUUUAAACAUAUUAUUAAUAUUAUUAUUUAUUUCUUAGCAAUGAAAUGCAAGUAUGCAUCUUCUGAUUGAACAUCUUUGUAUAUCCCAUGCUCUUAGAUUGGAAGAAUUAAUCUUGUUAAAGUGACCAUACUACCCAAAGCAAUCUACACGUUUAAUGUGAUCCCUAUCAAAUUACCCAUGACAUUUUUCACAGAACUAGAAGAAAUAAUCCUAAAAUUUAUAUGGAAGCAUAAAAGACCCUGAAUUGUCAAAGCAAUCUGGAGGAAAAAGAGCAAAGCUGGAGGCAUAACCCUUUCAGACUUCAGAUAGUACUACAAGCUUACAGUAAUCAAAACAGUGUGGUAUUGGCACAGAAGUAGACAUGUGGAUCAAUGGAAGAAAACAGCCCAGAAAUAAACCCACACACUUAGGGUUAAUUCAUCUUCGACAAAGGAGACAAGAAUAUGCAUUGGAGAAAAGACAGUCUCUUCAGUAAGUGGUUCUGGGAAAGCUGAACAGCUGCAUGUAAAUCAGUGAAGUUAGAACACUCCUUCAUACCAUACACAAAAAUAAACUCAAAAUGGCUUAAAGACUUAAAUAUAAGAUAAGACACUAUAAAACUCUUAGAAGAGAACAUGGCAAAACAUUCUCUGACAAAAAUCAUAUGUCAGAAAAUCAAUGUUUUCUUAAGUCAGUCUCCCAAAGCAAUAGAAAUAAAGGCAAAAAUAAACAAAUGGAACCUAAUCAAACUUAGAAUCUUUUGCAUAGCAAAGAAAACCAUAAACAAAAUGAAAAGACAACCUACAGACCAGGAGAAAAUAUUUGCAUAUGAUGUGACCAACAAGGGCUUAAUUUCCAAAAUAUACAAAGAACUCUUAAAACUCAAUUACAAAAAACCAAAUAACCCAAUCAAAAAGUGGGCAGAAGACCUAAAUAGACAUUUCUUUAAAGACAUUCAGAAAGAUGGCCUAUAGGCACAAGAAAAGAUGCUCAACAUUGCUAAUUAUUGGAGAAAUGCAAAUCUAAACUACAAAGAGGUAUCACCUCAUGCUGGUCAGAACAGCCAUCAUUAAAAUGUCUACAAGUAAUAAAUGCUGGAGAGAGUGUGGAGGAAAGGGAACUCUCCUACACUGUUGAUGGAAAUAUAAAUUGGUACAGCCAUUAUGGGAAACAGUAUGGAGGUUCCUUAGAAAACUUAAAAUAGAGUUGCCAUAUGAUCCAGCAAUCCCAUUCCUGGGCAUAUAUCUGGAGAAAAUGCUAAAUCAAAAAGAUAUAUACACCCUGGUGUUCAUAGAAGUGCUACUUACAAUAGCCAAAACAUGGAAGCAAUGCAAAUGUCCUUUGUCAGAUGACUGGGUAAAGAAGAUGUGGUAUAUAUACACAAUGGAAUAUUAUUCAGCCAUAAAAAAGAAUGAAAUAAUUCUAUUUGCAGCAACCUGGAUGGACCUAGAGAUUAUUUACUAAGUGAAGCAAAUCAGACAGAUAAAGACAAAUAUCAUAUGACAUCACUUAUAUGUGGAAUCUAAAAUAUGAUACAAAUGAACUUAUUUACAAAACAGAAACAGAUGCACAGACAUAGAAAACAAACUUAUGUUUACCAAAGGGGAAGGAGAAGGGGUUGGGGAAGGGAUAAAUAAGGAGUUUGGGAUUAGCAGAUACAAACCACUAUAUAUAAAAUAGGUAAACAAUAAGAUCUUAGUAUAUAGCACAGGAAACUAUAUACAAAAUCUUGUAAUAAACUAUAAUGGAAAAGAAUAUGAAAAAGAAUAUAUAUAUGUAACUGAAUCACUUUGUUGUAUACCUGAAACUAACACAAAAUUGUAAAUCAACUAUACUUAAGUUUAAAAAAAAGUGUUUAUAUAUUCAGCUACAAAGCUGAAAUAGCAUUUUACAUGUUAAUUAUUUUGACUUUAAAAUUUAAGUCCUAGCCUUUGGAGAUUGUAAACUUGCAUUUCAAAAUUAAUAAAAUUCACUCUUGUGAACAUAUUUAAGAGUUAUUAUCUUUCCUUGUGGCAAUAAAAUAAUGUAGGUGGUUCUGUUUUGUUAGAAGUUCCUGAUUCUGUAGUGAAUUAGAAUUAUCAAUUUUCCUUCCUAUUCCAAUAAUUUUUCUUAUUUUGACUGGGUCUCAUGUUUGCUAUGAGGACUUCUAGCCAGUAGGUGUCGCCAUAAUACUACUUCUUUGUUUCUGUUUCCUUGUGCUGUGAUUUCAUUUUUAGUACUUAAAUAUAUCUUGGGGUGGCAUUUCCCUUAAAAUUUACUAACUCAAUAUUUAUUUGAAACAUUUCUGUCUUUCUUGUUUCUUGGAGAGGGUGGUAAGGUUGGGGUUAUGAGUGAGAAACUGAAAUUAUGGACCAAUGUUGUUAUUUUCUGUUUCUUUUCUUUUCUUUUCUUUUUUACAUUUUUUAUUGAUUUAUAAUCAUUUUACAAUGUUGUGUCAAAUUCCAGUGUAGAGCACAAUUUUUCAGUUAUACAUGAACAUAUAUAUAUUCAGUGUCACAUUUUUCUCUCUGUGAGCUACCGUAAGAUCUGUUUGUUUUCUAACCACGUUUAUUUGUAACAAUUGUUUGGUAUUUCCCUUUACAUCCCGGUGACCCUGUAACACACGAACACAUGAACUAUCUAAGGCAAAGCAAACA